AUGAAACCAAAUCAAUUAGAAAAUUUGGGAACUGAUUAAGAAAAUUGUAUUAAUUAUAACUCAACCAAUAUCUUAGGCAAUCAUACUUUGCAUGGUUAAUCAGGUAGAUUAUUACUUGGCAGUGGUUAGAAAUCAAAUUAUCAAAUGGUUACCAAGAUUAAACAAAAUUUAAAAAGCAACUAGGAAUCCUAGAAACCAAUCAGAGCUUCAGAUUUAUUAACAGACAAGUCGCAGUCUAUAGGGAACUUUGGAAAACAUUCUCAAGUGUAAUUGUCACAUUAUGGUCCUUAUUACGCAGGAAAACCACCUAAGAAUAAAAAAAACUUUGAUGAAAGUCCUUUUCUCAUGGAUUCCCAAUUAGAAGAAGACACAGAAGGAUUCAGCAAUAAAGCUUGGAAGAAAUAUCCUUUAGAAAUUUUAAUGAUAAUCCUAAGGUUUAUUAGUUUCAUCACAAAAUCAAACUUUGCCACUAGUUUUAGAUUGGUCAAUAGAAAUGUUUUUGAAAUUGUAGGGGAUAAGGCAGCUUACUUCCGAUAUUACUUGUUUAAUGAUUAUCUCAAAUAUGAAAAACCUAGCCCUUAUGAAAAAAUGAAAUAUUAAUUGAACCAGCAAGUUUUUGUGCCUUUAAGAAAAAUGAAGGUUUAUAAUUUCUUAAGCAAAAAUAAAUUAAUAUUGAGACCAGAAUCUUUUACCUCGAUUGCUUGGAAUAUUUACAUAUUAACAAUCCUCAACAUGAAUGUCUUGUAUGUGAGUGCAAGAGUUUCUUUUAAGUUCGACACAAGCAAUUCAUUCGAUGAUAGUUUUUAGUAAUUCAGAUAGAUACUAUUUGAUGUCUUACCCUCUUACUCAUUUAUUCUGGAAAUACUAUUCAAGUUCAAUACUUGUUAUUAUUAUAAGGGAACAGUGAUAGAAAACAGAUAUUAGAUAGCCAAGAAUUAUCUGCGCACAUCAUUUUUUUUUGAUGUUUUCGUCAUAAUCCCAUUCUUUUUAAGUUUAAGAUUUUAAGUGGAUUACUUGGACUUAGUGUUGAUUCUGAAGGUAUUUCAGAUCAAAAAGUUUAGUGGUCAUUUAUUUGAUAGACUAGAAUUAACAACAAAUCAAAUUGCCAUAUUUGACCUCGUAAAAUUAGGAUAUACAAUUCUCGCUGUUGCUCAUUUUUGUGCUUGUCUUUGGUUUUUGGUAGGUUCGACAGGAAAUGAUUAAAUUUCUUGGGUUCUUAAAAACAAUCUCGUUGAUGAACCUUGGCAUACUCAAUAUCUAACAUCCUUUUAUUUCAGUAUUGUUACGAUGACAACAAUAGGAUAUGGAGAUAUCACUCCUUUAAAUUUAAGGGAGAGGAUUUUUACAAUCUGUAUGACUGUAGCUGCUGUUGGUAUAUUUGGAUACUCUAUUGGUAAUAUCAAUAGUAUCUAUGCUGAAUGGAGUAGAAAGAGUUAUGAAUUUAGAUAGAAUAUGAAUGCUUUAAAAAAGUAUAUGAGAUUAAAAGGAUUGGAUAAGCAUUUGGCAGAAAAGAUUAGAAAAUAUUUUGAGUAUGUUUGGUGUGAUGCAGAGGAAGAAAAUGAUAGAGAAGCUUUUAAAUUUGCUGAACAAAUCCCUACUUAAUUAUUGGAGGAAAUGAAAAUAGACAUCAAUAUGAAAGUCGUUAAAAGAAUCAGCUUUUUGACUCAAAACUUUAGUGAAUAAUUCUUAAUCUAAUUAUCGAAAAACCUUAUAGAGGAAAAAUAUGCCCCAGAAUAAAUCAUUUACAAAUAAAAUGAGGAAAGUGAUUUUCUUUACAUUUUAUAGAAGGGAGAGUUAUAAUUUUAUAUAAAUUUAAGAAACAAAUAAGAAUAGCAAAAGGUCUUAGAAUCAAUUUCAGGAGAGUCUUUGCCAUUUGGAGUUCUAGAGUUCUUUUAAAAAUAGAACUAUCAAGUCUCAUGCAAAUCAACUUAAUUCACUUAUGUACUUAAAAUACACAGAAGUCAAUUCAUUGAGCUUUUAUUAUAAAAUUCAAAAGAUUAUUCUACAUUUUGUCAAAUGAAAGAUCAAGUCAUAUUCCUUAAUAAAUAAGAUAUCGUUGAUGUCACCUGUCGAGCAUGCAACAAAACUACUCAUGUAAUUAAAGAGUGCCCAAUGGUUUGUGGAUACCCAAACAGAGCAAAAGUCUUAUUAAAUUACCGUAGAAAUGUACCUUCAGAUAGAAAGAGCUAUAAAAGAACCUUGAAUAGAAGGAUUGAUACACUUAUGGAAUCACAUGAUGUAAAGAAUAGCAUAUUACUAUUUAUAUGCAAGAACAAAUUAAUAGAUGAUCUCUAGUAAUCCAAUGAAAAUAAAAACGAAAAUGAAUCUGACAUUGAAAGUAAUGAAUCCUUAAAGAUUGGAUAUAAUCUGACAAUAUCCUAGUAAAUUGACUCAAAAAGGCCACUUUCAUUUUAAGGCUGCAAUGAUGCCCUCUAGGAUGAUGAAUUAUAAUCAAAAAUUAAAGAAAUAGUUAAAUAUUUAAAAAAAAAAUAGCCUACCUACUCUCGCUAAGAAAGCAAAACGUUUAUAAAAUAGGAGGAAAAAACUCAAAACUUUAAUUUCUUAAUGACAGGUUCUGAUAAAUCUAAUUAAUUGCUUCCCUAAUAAUUAUCAAGUGGAUCUGAGUAAGCCUAUCAAGAUUCAAAUAAAAGAGGGUCAAGAGCGUUAAUGCCAAAAUAUAAAAAUUUGAUUGACGUUAUUAUUCAAGGAACAAUGAUUGCAUCACCUAACAAAAUUCUAAUAUCUGAAUAGGCUGAACAAGAGGAAGAGCCAGGUAAAAUUAGAGGGCAAUACAUUGAAAUAUUUGAGGGAUUUGAGCAAUAUAAGAACUUUGACAAUUAUUUAAAGCAUAAUAAUCUUGGGUUAAUUAUAAAGUUGAGAGAACGCAAGAAAUACAAGAGAUGA